UACUCUAUCUUGUUUUUAGCCUCAUCACAUGACCUCUUGUAUUUGUGCCCGUGAUCAAAAUCUGAAAAUUCAAAAAUAAUUACGCGCAAUGGCCAAAGUUGAAUUAGUAGACGUCGAUGACAUACAUAAAAAUUCUCUUGUUAGCAGUGCUGACAGCGACGAGUACCUAGGAAUAGUGGACGAUGGCUCACUUGGCGACGACGAUAAAUCCCAUUUAGUAACGCAGUCGUUUUUGGACACAAAUGAUAACAGUACCUCAUACAGCUUUAGGGAUGUGCAGGCAGGCUCUGUAACAUACAAACUUGUGAUGUCGGAUGAUGCAACAAACAGCAUGGCUACAAAUUCACCACCGCAUGAAUACUAUGUGAUAAGCAGUCCAGGGGAGGUGUUCGGACCACCAGCUGAGAAGAAAGUUAAAAGAGAGCCUGUACCUGAAAAAGCUAUUACGGCUAAAAGGCGAGACGAAAAGCGUCGCGCCACCCACAAUGAGGUGGAGAGGCGGCGUCGGGACAAGAUUAACAGCUGGAUCACCAAGCUGGCUGCCCUGGUGCCCGAUGCCAUGGCUGAUUCCUCCAGUAAGGGCUGUAUUCUCUCCAAGGCCUGCGACCACAUCACGGACCUCACGAGGAAACAGAAGAGACUAGAAAAACUAGAAGUAGAAAACAAGAAGCUUAUGUUAGAAGUGUUAAGACUAAAACAGGAAUUAGUUGACGUACGAAAAGAGAGUGCCAUUAUGCGAAACGACCUAGCGGACACGUGCAUAGUCGCCAGCCAGCGGGCCAAAGGCCAGAAGUCCUAGCUGUAACCCGCCAGGUGUCAACCGAACAGUGAACUUAACCAAGGUGCUGAUAUAGCUAAGUGUGAUUUGACUGUGUAGUGACGUCAUAAAGCAUCAGUUAUUUCAUCUGGCAUCACCGGCCAGUGCUGCCAGAAAUGGCCAGAACCGAUUAACCCGUUUAAGGGUAGUCGAACGAAAAAAGGCUAUGAAGUUUCCAUACAAUUUACGUGAAGAAUAGCAGGCAGAGCGCGUAUUUUUACGCAGUUGUAAGGUGUUAUUGAUUGUAUAGUUAAUAAUGUUGAUGUACAUUGAAAUGUUUUCGUUUGAUAUAAACAAAACAGUUCAAUUUAAAUAUGAAUGUUCGAAAAUGUUUUGUUAUUUUUUGGCAUAGUUUUAACAUUAUUAUUUUAGCUGUUACAUCAUUAAUGUUUUUAGUUUUGUAUAAAAUGUACAAUCUAAUUGGAAAAGGAUUUUUCUUUUAAAACACAUUCAGUAUUGUUUUGAGUAAAUAUGCAUGUUUUAUGAUUUGUUUCCCAUACAUUAAAGGAUAGUAAGAUAAAACUUGUAAGGCACUAAAUAUUAUAUGAAAAGGUCUAAGAUUGUAUGUGGUGUUUUGAAAUGAUAUGUAGCAUGAGUUGUUUGAUUUUAUUAAUGUUUAUCACUUAAGGAUGAAAAUUGCAACAUUAUCCUAUGUCUUCGAUUUACGUAAACUGAAAUUGGUUUCAAUAUCAAAAAGACUUGGAAUAAGGAAUUUAGGGAUUGCCUUUUUCAAGCUAAGAUAUGAAUACGAACGUUUGAUAUAUUUAAAAAGUAUGUUUAAGAAAGCUGAUAUUCUAAAUCGGUAAGAUUAGAAAAUAAUAUUUAGUAGAUUGAACAAAUAUUGUCUAUGUACUAGAAAUAAUUACUUGUGAUAAACUUCCUAAGUACCAACAAUACAAAGAAUAUAGCAAGUGUUAUGAAAUUUUCAAUAGACAAUAUAGGAAGGUUAUCUAAGAUUCCGUGUUGAAAAUAUUUACUUGUAAAUUGGUACCCAUUCGCACUGAUAAUGAAGCAUAGUUCAAAAUGACAAACAUAAAAUAUUUUUGUGUACUGUGCAACUUCCAUACAUUCUUUAUUUUUAAUUAGAAUGUAAUCACAAAUUCAUCUUGUGCUGAUGGGUCCAAUUAUUCAUUAAGGUGGGUCUAGACUGGAGCAUUUACUUGUAACAUAACAACAAGCCGCUCUAUGAAAUGUCUAGUGUAUCACCCUGUCACGAACCAAACAUUUUUUACCUGUGUCCAUUCGUAAGAACGUUAAUUACGUUACAUUACAUAAAGCCUGGUCCGUGAGCACGUAGAAUUUUGUCCAACUGUGCUUGUUGUGCGACUGUGCGACGGGCGCCCGCAGUGUGUGCGAGCGCGACAGCAAUAUAAAUAAUAUAAUUACGCGCGAGCGAUAAGGAUGGGUAGCUUGGGGUCAUUGGACAAAAUUCUACGUGCUCACGGACCAGGCUUUAGAAAUGCUCUGGUUUGUUCUCACCUUUAGACUCUGCUAAGUUGUAACGAUGUUGUUCUAAUUAUACAUUUUAUAAUAGUUAUAGUUGUUACUUACAUGACGUGAGUAAUUUAAAUUAUAAGUAGGUACUAUUAGUUGUUUUGUCUCAUUAACAACAAAUUCGAUUGCAUUUAAACUACACUAAAAUAGCAGUGAACUCGUUUCCGUGAUCAAGUCUAUAAAAAAAAGUAUUUAAAUUAAUACAUACCUUUUCAACGUAAAAUAGCGUGCUGUUCACACAACAUUGGCCGUUUUUUUUUAAAAUAUACUCAUGUCUUUUGUUAUUAAAAUUUGCUUAUUGAAAAGGAUCUUCAGAUAUCAAUGAAAUUAAUCAUUUUACAGUUGUGUAUGUAUACCUAUAACGAAUGUAAUGAAUCACGGAAUUGCGUUUAGUGCUGUCAAAACAAUAGGUGUUACUUUACUGUUUAUAUUGGCUUAAUUGGAAAUGCUUAUUCCAAAUCACUUAUAAUUUAAAUCAGAGCAAAGAUGACUAUAAUAAUAAUAUAUUCUUAAAUCGUCCUAUACUCUGCUGUAUUUGAAUUAUGUAUGUGGCAUUUGAACUUUAUUGGCUGUUUAAAUCAAGUGAUUUGUAAUAAGCAUAAUAAAGCAAUUUUCGUACCGUUCUCUAAACUAUUCAGCUGAAUAAAUCUCUCUUUUACUUCUUUGUGAAUGAAAAAAGACAGCAUCUUUAUACAAACUUUGCGAUUAAAACCUUUUUGAUCGCGUGGGUUUUUUAUUGUCUAAAGUUGCCUACGAUACUAUCUUUUUUUACACUUAAGAAAAUCCAUUUUUAAAGACUACUGAAUGGUACAACAAAAUUGCAAUCAUUCGUUACGCUUAGGCUGAGUUGCACCACCAAACUUUGACCGUAACUAUAACGUUUACCGGUGUUUUUUGUAUGGAGUUUGACAGAUUUUUGACGUUUGUCAAAGUUAAAGUAAGAUGAAAAUGAAAUGAAAAUGUUUUAUUUUAUAAAUAAAGUUGAUUAACAAAACAUUUUGGUAACCAUCCUUUUAAGUAUAAGAAUACCUGGUGAUGGUGCAACUCAAUCUAGUAAUUUUACUUACAGCUGCUAAGAUUGUAAUCACUUGAUUAUUUUCACCUCUAUUUCUGUAUGCUGCUGGUACAACAUCGCAGUUUGUUUUUUAUUUUUUUAUUCAGCUCAAACUAAAAAUAUAAUCAGGUGUUGUUGAAGUAAA